GGGCAGCUCCCCUUCAGCGCCGCCUCCGUGAGGAAGGGCCGGGGCGCGGCCCUCUGUGGGGAUGGGCAUCUCGAGCUCAUCCCGCGCGGCUCCUGACGGCUUCUCCUCCCCGCCUGGCCCGGUGGCUGUGCACAGCCGCUUUCCUGCGUGUGUCGUGUUGGCUCGAAGCUCUCGGCCCUGCUGGGUGUGGAGGAGCCGGGCGCCCGUUCGCUCCUUGGUGUGAAACCAGGCAAAGCUCCGCCAGGCGCACGGAAAGCUUUGCUGGUGUCCGCCUCUGCCCAAACACUGCCCUUCUUGAUGUGUCGCACCCCGUGCUUGUCUGAGCUGUUCAGUUUAUUAAUUGCCCUUAAUUGGACGGUUUGCAGGCUGAAGUCAUCAGUCAGCUUUCUCACUCGGCCAGAUCGACCAAAUAUCGCUUAUCAGAAACUAAAAGGGAGGAAUCCAGGGGUUAUUUUCCUUCCAGGCUUCAAUUCAAAUAUGAAUGGUCAGAAAGCAACUGCCCUCGAAGAUUUCUGCAAAUCAUUAGGUCAUGCCUUCAUCAGAUUUGACUAUACAGGAUGUGGAAGUUCACAUGGUAAAUUUGAAGAGUGUACAAUUGGGAAGUGGAGAAAAGAUGUUCUGAGUAUACUGGAUGAACUUACAGAUGGACCACAGUUUUUGGUGGGCUCAAGCAUGGGUGGAUGGCUGAUGCUUCAUGCUGCAAUAGCACGUCCAGAUAAAGUAGCUGCUCUGGUUGGAGUAGCUGUAGCAGCAGAUCACGUUGUAACAACUUUUAAGAGGCUUCCUAUUGAGGCACAAAAAGAAAUAGAACAAAAGGGUGAAUGGAAGUAUCAAACAAAGCACAAUGAGGAAGGCUAUUACUCCUUGACCUAUGACUUCAUCAGAGAAGCAGAAAAUCACUGUGUGCUGAAUAGUCCUAUUCCUGUAACAUGUCCCAUACGCCUUAUCCAUGGCAUGAGGGAUGGGGAUGUCCCCUGGGAGAUCUCUAUGCAAGUUGCUGACCGUGUUUUGAGCAAGGACGUGGAUGUUAUCCUCCGCAAAAUCGGCCAGCACCGCAUGAGUGACAAGGAGGAUACAAAGCUCCUUGUGAAUACUGUUGAUGAUCUAAUUGACAAGCUGUCAACAGUAGCAUAAGCUGAAGAGUAGCAUUAGUGCAUGAACUCUACACCUGACUCUUUUCCUUGAGUAACAGAAGCCUUGUUCUUACCCAGGUGGUGGCAGGCCUGUGACUGUCACAGUAGGAACUGAGCUUUAUCUGCUGUUUCCUUACCUCUGUUUCAUAAAUACAGGUAUUAUAUUAUUGCUGCAUUUGCACACAGUCCAAAGUGUGAAGGAGUGCUGCUAUUCUGUUCAGAACCUCUCCUUCACCACUUUACCCAUUCUUUUCACAAAUUUCCUACAAUUUUGUACUGACACGUUGAUUACUUUUUGUUGCUAUUGGCCUGUACAGUAAAAUUUUAUUUUCACAUCUUUGAUCCCUGUUACUGUCCUUUCACUGUAACAUCAUUGUAUCUUAUGUCUGAAACCAUCUGUGCAAGGCAAAAUACAACUUACGUGUUUACUGAAGUUAGUUAUUAGAAUAGUGAGUACCAUGAAACGCAAUAAACAGAUUUCAGAUAAAUGAUUAUUUUGUUCUGAAAUGCUGUUAAAACGUGGAAGGCACACCCUGAUGGUGUGCUUGGGGUACUACAUAGGGAAGAAUUUGACUUCUAAGAAUGCAAGGCCUCAAAGCCUUAAGAGCUCUUUAUCUGUGCUUAUCAGGAGGAGGUGUGUCAUCUUCUCCAGGCUGCCAUCUGUCGUUCAUUUCUGGGCCUACUGUUAAGGAAACAAUAAAUAAUCGUGGUGUAAACUGAAA